AUGUCGCUCGUCCGGCUCUUCUCCCUCACCCUGGCUGUGCCUCUCCUCUUCUCGUCCCCGCCUUCCCUUCCUCUCUCUUUUCUGUGCCUCGCGAGCGAACCCGGAAAACCACCGGAAGCUGUGUCCGCGGGGCCCAAGACAGGCUCCGAAGAAAAAACUCGCUCGGUUUCUCCACACCGGCCUAGUGACACUACGCUUCAGAGCGGUGGAGCGAACCCCCGGCCGCCUUCCGCAGGCACGAGCGAACAACCGACCGUCGGCGUCGGAGGAGCACGCGCGAGAAUCCCCGGCCUUUCGCUGGACUUCAGCGGCCUCGGCGUUUCGGCGCCACCGUUGACGAAAAAGAAGAAGAAAGGUCCAAAGUUGUUCACCGAGGAGACGAUGGGGCCGUGGAAGAAACACCCUUGCUUGCAACAGCUGGAUCAGGCAGUCCAGAGCAUUCAGGCAAAGGGGCUCGCUGGCAAGGAAGCAGCCAAAGCGUUCGCUGACGCGAUCAUAGCAUGCGGCAUCCGCGUCGUCGCCAGCGACUACGACAGAACCGCCAUCUCUCACCACUCGGGUGGUAGCGCGCUUCCGACCGAUAAGCACAUCCUUCAAUCCCUGACUCGGGACUUCCACUGGCUUGGAGAAGAACUUGAACGCAGAGGCAUCCCGCUGUACUUUGUCACCUUCUCUGAUCGUGGGGAGAAUCGGGAUGGAAGAAUAGCGGCGGGGCCGCUCGUUGAGGCUACGCUGAAAGCGAGUGAUGCGAAAUUCGGAGCCCGUGGUGUGUUUGGCUUUUUCCCCCCAUUGUAUUCGGAUCCCGACGAGUACCAGGCCCUCGGUCUGACCGGGCCCAUGCCGAUGGACAAAUCGUUCCAUGUCAAGCAGGUCUCCAAAGUUUCGGGGGUGCCGGAAGAACAGAUCCUUCUUCUGGACGACGAUGUGACCAACUGCGUGAAGUACUGCAAGAGUGGUGGUAUAGCUGUUCAUGUCGGUGGCCAUGACGGCUUCGACUUCAGGCAUCUUCAUGUUGUCACGAAGCCUGCGUUGGUCAUGCAUUGA